GAGGUUUCUUUGUGGGAAGUUUAGCCCAAUUUGAUCAUUGGUGGGGUUCAAAGGGCUCUUUGAUUGUAGGUGAACUAUAAUCCCAGCAACUACAACUCCCAAAUGUCAAGGUCUAUUUCCCCCAAACUCCACCAGUGAUCAAUUUGGGCAUAUUGAGUACCUGUGCCAAGUUUAGUCCAGAUCCAUCAUUGUUUGAGCCCACAGUGCUCUCUGGAUGUAGGUGAACUACAACUCCCAAACUCAAGGUCAAUGCCCACCAAAUCCUUCCAGUAUUUCCUGUAAACCCAUACUGCACUCCAGGGGCAUUCAGUGUGAUCUAUACCAUUUCUAAGACUUGGUUCUUCAUCACUAGUUAUAAAUGUGCUCUGACUUCUAGGUCCAGUUAUGUGCCUGGUUAGCCAGGUAGUGUCUAGUGCAGAGUUCCUUGGGUCAUAAGCUACAGAACUUGCAGGUGGAUCUUGAAAUCUUCCUGGGUGGGUCCAAUGGUGACGUCUCUUCUUUUUCACUGGAGUGGCGGCACAUGGUGGUAGUGUUGUGCCUCCUCUUUAAGAAGCAGGCUUGCCUCCCUUUGUCCUUUAUGUCAUGCCAAAAUUUUAUUCAAAUACACACUCCCUGUAAUAAACCUAGAUAGAUAUCUCAAAUGAAAAAAACAUUGAUGUAGAUCUAUCCAGUUAUGUAAUUACAAGGUGACACUCCUGAUUUGCCUCUUGUUAUUACUUACUUACGAGAUCCUUCGUAAUUCGAGGAUGAUGGUCCUUCAGGUGUAGUGCCUUGGUGGUGAACGCGUAGGUGGCUAUGGAGACCUAUUCUUGAUCGCAUGUUCUUCCACAGUGAAGACCUCGGUUUCCAGAUGGAAGGCUGUCCGGGUCAGGGUUGGCUUGAAAUGCCUUCCUUUUGGCACGUUUCUUCUUUUCACCCUCCAGCCAAGCCUCUUCAAAUUCUACAGCACUGCUGGUCACAGCUGACCUUCAGCUAGAGCGCUCAAGGGCCAGGGCUUCCCAGUUCUCAGUGUCUAUGCCACAGUUUUUAAGGUUGGCUUUAAGCCCAACUUUAUAUCUCUUUUCCUGCCCACAAACAUUCCGUUUUCCAUUUUGAGUUGGGAACAGUACUGUUUAUUUGGUUUUUUUAAAAUUAUCUUGUUUUUGUCUGUUUUUUUUGUAUUGUUAGUUUGAUUACAUUUUGAGCGAGAUAAAUUUUAAAGCUGUAUCUCUUUUAACCUCUAUAAAUUGCUUUUUAUUCCAGGUUGGGAAUAAUGUGGCAUGCUGCUGCUGCUGCUGCAGUGAACUACUAUUCUUCAGUACUGUUCAGACAAAAAGCUAUCCAACUAGCUACGAGGUCAAGGGUGGAAAAUAUAAGACUCACCAGAUGUUGGAUGGCAUCUUCUGUUAAUCCUGGCUAGUAUAACUACAGAUGAAGGGCCAGGGAAAUUACACUUCAGUGUUUUGUUGAAGGCUUUCAUGGCUGGAAUCACUGGGUUGCUGUGGGUUUUCCAGGCUGUAUGGCCAUGUUCCAAAAGCAUUCUUUCCUGAUGUUUCACCCACAUCUAUGGCAGGCAUCUUCAGAAGUUGUGAGAUUCAUGCUCAUCUUAGGAAGUAUCCCCCAUUUUGCCCACAUGUUGGAUCUAAGAGACAUCCAAAAUGUUAGUUGGAACACAAUGGAAAUCCCCCUGGGCCCAGUUGACUGCCAGUUAAAAAGAGACAAAGGGACCAUUCUGUGACUAGUUGGUCCUCUUCCUGCCCUGCACAAGGCUAUAGGUAAGCAACAUGCCAGCUGUGAUGGGGCACCAGUCAUAGCAGUGUCCCGUGGUCCUCUUGGUGAUGGUUGGGGGUGGCAAAGACUCCUGUUUAGAACUGUCCCACAAGGUUCACAGAGAUAGGCUGUCUGAGACAUCUUUACGCAGGACUCAAUGGCUCUCCCAUACUGGAACAAGUUUCUGAUUCCUUGUGUGACUUAUUCCUUCCUUUACAGUAAAGCAUAUGCUAUUUUAAGCUCUCUGCAAUGCAGCUAAGACAUUGAAAUAAAGAGUGUUAAGAAAGAGCCUACUUGAUGGGCUUAUUAAAUUCAUACUGCCACAGAUAUAUAAUAGAGUGGAGACAACUUAAUUAUAGUGAUUAUACAAAGAUGCAUUCAGUUGGGGCCUGCCACUGGCAGGCAUGGAGUAUCUUUCCCCACCUACAGCAAUCCCCUUGCCUUUUGUAGAGGAAUAUGGUUGUGGAGAGGGAGGAAAACAACUUGUGACUGCACAUUUAAAAGGCAUCAAGACUGAGUGUGUUCUCAGUUCCCCUUUUUAUCAGUGUCGCAUGUAGAAGCAGCCAAAAAGCUAUCGGCUCUCCACACCUUGGCUUGUAUCAAGUAAUUUUAUCUAGCCUCACCAAGUCUAAUUUCUAGAGCAGGGGUCCUCAAACUUUUUAAGUGGAGGGCCGGUUCAUGGUCCCUAAGAAUGUUGAGGGGCCGAAUUAUUAUUUGAAAAAAAAGAACAAAUUCCUAUGCACACUGCGCAUAUCUUAUUUGUAGUGUAAAUGCCCCCCCCCCAACAACAACAAUUUAUUUAUUUAUUUGCUACAUUUAUACCCCAUCCUCUCUCAUCCCGAAGGGGACUCAGAGCGGCUUACAAGUUGUAUGUACAGUAGAGUCUCAAUUAUCCAACAUAAACGGGCCGGCAGAACGUUGGAUAAGCGAAUAUGUUGGAUAAUAAGGAGAGAUUAAGGAGAAGCCUGUUAAACAUCAAAUUAGGUUAUGAUUUUACAAAUUAAGCACCAAAACAUCCUGUUAUACAACAAAUUUGACAGAAAAAGUAGUUCAAUAUGCAGUAAUGCUACGUAGUAAUUACUGUAUUGAUGAAUUUAGCACCAAAAUAUCACGAUGUAUUGAAAACAUUGACUACAAAAAUGUGUUGGAUAAUCCAGAACGUUGGAUAAGCGAGUGUUGGAUAAGUGAGACUCUACUGUACAUACAAUAUAUUAUAUUAUUAACAUAGUACAAUAUUAGCAUUAUAUAUUAAUAUAUUGUACUAUACCACUAUACCGUAAUAUUAUUAGUAAUAUUACAUUUAAUAUAUAAUAUAUAAUUUAUAUUAUUAUAUUAUACAAUAUUAUUAUAUUGUAUUAUUAUUAUUAGCCACCCUGAGUCCCCUAUUGGGUGACAACGGCAGGGGUGGAAAUACUGUAAUAAAUAAAUAAAUAAGUUAUUAUCAAUAUUAUAUGUAUACACAAUAUAUUAUAUUAUUACCAUAGCACAAUAUUAGUAAAUGAAAGAACAAUACAAUAUUUAAAAAUAAAAACAGUUUUAACCAACAUACUGUAAAUCUUUCAGGAUUUCAAUGGGAAGCGUGGGCCUGCUUCUGGCCAAUGAGAUAGUCAAGUUAAGUAGGAUUUUUGUUGUUGUUGUGCCUUCAAGUCAUUUCAGACUUUGGGCAAGCCUGAGCCUAAGUCUAAAACUGAGGGCGGGGGCCAGGUAAAUGACCUUGGAGGGCUACAUCCGGCCCCCAGGCCUUAGUUUGGGGACCCCUGUUCUAGAGCAUCCUUUACCCUUACAUUAUCUUGUGGGAGACAGUAGUAUAUAGUGACCAAUUCUCCUGUAUUUUUCCAAUUCGUAUUAUUUUUUAAUCCCCCCGGCUCCUGUAUUACCCUUCUACUUCUUCUGUAUAUUCUAGACUAUGACAGCCUCACACCCACAGCCAGGCCUGAUGUGUGGGAUGACACAAAGGGAUUUAUUUGAUUUGAUUUGGAAUCAUAUGCACCUUGGAAGGAGAAACACCACUCAUAGACAUUACAGGAGAACCUCACAGGAGAAGCAUCUGGAGCUGAGAGAGCAACUGGCUUGACUCAAGCACCACUCCUGUGUUGAAACUCGGUCACAUCCUGCACAAGUUUAUAGUCCUCAUCAAGAAAAUAAAUAGAUGAGUCAGCUGGCAGGGAAAAGCCCUCUUUGCCUGCCUGUCUCUCUAGUCCAGUGGUUCUCUACUUGUGGGUCCCCAGGUGUUUUGUCCUACAACUCCCAGAAAUCCCAGCCAGUUUACCAGCUGUUUGGAUUUCUGGGAGUUGAAGGCCAAAACAUCUGGGGACCCACAGGUUAAGGACCACUGACCUAGCCUUUCUGUUUGUUAGACUGAUACUUCUCAGGGACAUGGCUAUUUUUAUUCAGUUUCUAGCCACAUAGCAAAUCUUCGAGUUCUCCAAUUUUUCCUUCUCCUGUAAGCAUAGAUAGAUACAAGAUGUCUCCAGAGAGCUUGAUAGUUAGCUAGGCCCUAACUUACCUAUAUAGAGAUGUUGUUUGGUCUUUUGUAACUUUUAAAGUUUGAUUCUGCUCCUGUAGUUGCUGAAAAUCCCUCUACUGCUGUCUUUGACAGCAAUAUUUCAUGAACAAACUCUGACUUACUGAGUUUUCUGAGGUAGGGUACAACUCAAAACAAGCUCAGUAAAUUAUAUUUUACAUGCUUGCUAUGUUGCAAUAUUUACACCAUUGGGCUACAACUCUGUAGACCAGGCUUCGAUUCUCCAUUUGGCCAUGGAAACCCACUGGGAGUCAUAGGGCAAGUCACACUCUGCACUUAAAAACCCCGUUAUAUCUCAGAAACAACUUGAAGGCACACAACAGCAACACUAUAGAGAAGGAUCUAUGCUCAUUCCCUGGAAUCUCCUUUGAAAAGGAUCAUGUAGAUUGUAGAAGGACCUAAAAAGCUCUUGCCAUUUAGAGCAGUGGUUCCCAACAUUUUUUUGACCAGGAACAACUUUGUCCAGGGACCAUUUGACCAGGAACCACUCUCCAACAUUAGUACCAAAAGGGUUACAAAUUAGUUUUUGGUCAACUUUAGAUUCAGUUUGGUUAUUUGGGGUGCUGAUUCAGAAAAUUGGAUUGGAUAGACCACUUCAACUCUAGUUUCUGAUACAGAACACUGUUGAAUGUUUUUAUGAUGAAUGUUUUUUUUUUAUUGUGGAAUGAUAUUUUAAAUUGUAAGGCGCUCAGAACACUCUGGUGGAGAGCGACUAAUUAAGAAAUAAAGUGAAGUGAAGAAGAACAUAUGCCAUCCAGUAGUUGCCAUCUGAUCACCCACAGAAAACCAUAUUUAAUCAUCUAGAGCUGAUGUAGUCUUGCCAAGCAAUUUUCUGAAUCAGCACUCUAAAUAACCCCAGGAACAGGCCUAAAAAUGAAGACACCAAGAAAAAUUUUUUGGGGUGUGUGGCUGUGUACCAUAGUAGUAAUGGUGAGGUUGUGGACCACAUUUUAGUUCUUGCGGACCACUGGUGGUCCAUGGACCACAGGUUGGAAACCACUGAUUUAGAGUAAACACUUCCAUCUUCUUUUAAAAAAUAGAGUUCCAGCUUUUUCCUCUCCUUUACUGCCCUCUGGUGGAACCACAAAAAUCUUUAGGAGCUGGUUUGUGAAGAGAAGUGAACGUGGGAGUGUGUUGGGAAUAAAGGUAAGAGCUCUCAUCACAACAAGCCAAAGAGAGAUGCAUGUUUUUCAGCAGAAGCACAAGAACAGUCAGGGGUAGCUUCAGUUGCUUGAGAGACAAAGACUGGGAAACAAAGCUAAGCUACAGCAGGCAGAGUAUCUCUUGCACCAUACACAUCUGUUGAAUAUCUGCUGCCUUUUCUUCUCUCAGAUCUUCUUUUGGCACAAUCAGGGUUACAACACAUUGUCAUCAAUAAUGACUGGAGGUUUUGAAAAAGCAUGUCACCGAUGCAUCUCAAAAAUUGCCAGCAAUGCUUGCUUUAUCUUUGGACUACUUGCUUUCCUAGCAUUACCACUAUCUAUGGCUUUUACAGGCAUGAAAUUUUUAAACAGCUGUCCGGUCCAGCCACUCAUUCCCUUGUAUCUUCUUGUAGGUGGUGUAGUUGGCACUUUGAAGGUUGCUCUUCUGCUUUUCGACUCCACCCGAAUGAGGCAGCUGCUUUCCAAAUCUGUCAUGAUCGACGAUGAUGACGACGACGAAUUUCCAUGGAGGCAGAACGCUCACCGAUAUUAUAUUCACCUCACUCUCAGCCUCUUCCUCUUCCUCUGGUUCAUCCUGGGGAACUACUGGGUGUUUUCAGUUUACUUGCCCAAUUUCAUACCACCUUUCCAUCAUCCCCAGGAUUACUGUGAUAAAGUCCUGUAUGUUUUUGCCAUUGGUGUGCUUGUCAUUAGCCACACUGUGCUGAUUUUGCUGAUCUUCUGUACUUGCGGUGUAUAUUUCUGUUCCAGGAAAUUGCAUGUGGCAGAAGAAGAUUAAAAGUUGCACAUAUGGGGUCACAAAACAAUUAGAAAAGUGGGUUAGAACAGAGUGGGAUUUGCUGGUUGUGUGUUUUGGGCAUGCGCACACUGCUUGUAACUAACAGACUCCAUUUGUGGGGGUUUUGGUUGUGAGAUCUGUUUCACAUGCUUAUGAUGCUGAAUCCAAUAAGACUGAUGGGAUGGAGGAACGAGAAAAAUGUACUUAUUUGACAGUUGUAAGUCUCCGAAUGUCUUCAAGCAACUUACAAAAGCAAGCCCUGAAAGAGAUGAUCAACGUACUUCUUGCUUUUUCAGCAUUCCAUGUAGUUCUGCAAUUGAAUUACAAAAGUAACUUUUUUCUGGAAAGUAAUUCAUAUGUCUUAAAAGCAAUUAGAAUCAUCACUUCCUCAAAAAUUUUGAAAUGGUACAGGAGCCCAUUCCAGUUUUCUGACAGCCCUGCUGUCCAAUUUAUUGUACAGAUAAUAACAAUUUUAAAAACUACAACCAUAUACUUGACUAGAUCUUGGAAGUCUAUUUUAAAAUCUCUACUACCAUUACAAUUAAUAGUACUGCAAUAUAGAUUGAGAGUCAGCAGGUUGUAAUUUUCUGAGUGGUGGGCUAUCAUAGCAUCUAUCCAUUCAAGAGUGAGUAGGGCUGUAGUCGGGGGAGGUUAGAGGUUCAACCCCCCCCCCCCCCCCAAAUUUCAGGUUUUAAAACGUCGUUUACUCAUGAAUUUUAACUGGUUAACCAAAUCCCAAUGAGCGUCCACUGAAGUUUAUUGAUGGAGUCUGACUUCUAAAUUAUUUUACAUUAUGAAACUACUCUUCAUGAUUCCCUAAAAAAAAGUCCCCCCCCCCCAUUUUUUUCUGACUAUGGCCAUGGUGUACACCAUUUCUUUUGGCAGGCUUACCCAGUCAACUUGUAAUUAUAUGUUUUGAUUUACAUUUUAUUGCUACUAUAUGUCAAUUUUGUAUAUGUGUUUGGUGCAAGUUUUAAAAAAAUAUUUUUUGUGUUUUUAUCUGUGUGAUUUGUGGUAUAUAUCUUAUGUUCAUAUGUUUAUGACUAUGUUGUACCUCGCCUCGAGCCAUCAGGAGAGGAGGGUAAUAAAUAAAAAUUACUAUUAUUAUUAUUA